UAUAAGCAGAGAGAGGGAGAGAGAGAGAUUCCUAUUAAAUACAUAGUGGCCCUGUCAGAAACCUGAAUUUCUGGCCUUCCUUCUUGCUUAUCUUCAGACUCCCAUCUAUAUUUCUGUCUUUUGAAAAAUUAAAGAGAGAGCCCAGACAGAUCAAAAUCGCCUACCUUGUCCAGCCUUCAAUCUCUCUCUGUCUCUCUCUGGGUCCAAAACAACAAGUGAUUGAGGAAGAACCUAUUUUGCAGUUUCCAUUUUGUCCUGACCCUGUUUCUCACUUUCGUUUCUCCUGAGAUGAGAGAUAUAGUUUCUUGCUUCAGUGAGAAUGCAGUAGGAGUUUCUCCAUCUACUUGCUCCAGCUAUUCCAACAAUGCCUGCAUCUCCCCAACUCUGAUCCCUUCAGUCAGAAAUGCAGUCAUUUGUCUAUACAAAACCACCAUCUCAUCACAAAAACACCUCCUCAUCACAGUCACUUGGAGCAGAAGUCAUAUGGGUCAAGGCCUGACCGUAAACAUUGGCGAUGACCCAUCCGCAUCAUUCAAGCUGCUCAACACCAAUUCUCGGUUCCUCCGGAAAAAGAAGGGCACCAAAGUGAUUGAAUCCGCAAAUUCGCACAUCGAAGUCUUCUGGGAUCUCUCUAAUGCCAAGUAUGAUAGCGGACCAGAACCAGCCGAAGAGUUCUAUGUGCUUGUCAUGAUUGACUCAGAAUUAGGCCUUUUCCUCGGCGACAUGGCUAAAGAAGCCGUGGCGAAGAAGUUCAAGACCGGUAACGUGGCUGCUAAAUUCUCUCUCGUUUCGAGGAGAGAGCACUGUUCUGGCAAUACCCUUUACAGCACAAAGGCUCAGUUUAGCGAUACUGGGAUUGUGCACGACAUUUUAAUCCGCUGCAGCAGCGAAAACGAAGGGUUUAAGCAUCCGGUGUUGAGCGUUUACAUCGAUAAGAAGAUGGUGAUGAGAGUGAAGAGGUUGCAGUGGAAUUUCAGGGGAAACCAGACGAUUUUCACUGAUGGUUUGCUGGUGGAUUUGAUGUGGGAUGUGCAUGACUGGUUCUUCAAUCCGGCGUCGGGUUAUGCGGUGUUCAUGUUUAGGACAAGGAGUGGAUUUGAUAGCAGAUUGUGGUUGGAGGAGAAGAUGGACCAGAAAGAUCAAGAUAGGAUUGAAUUCUCCUUGUUGAUUUAUGCAAGUAAGAGUCCCUGAAAGACUGAAUUUUAGCUGAAAACAUACACUGGUUUUCAUUUGGCUCUUCUCUAUACUGAUGUCUAUAGAUUUUUACAUCUGGUUUUC